AUGGAUUUACACGACCAAUUUGUCACUUGCAACGUCACUGGUGCGUUCCAAAACCGUUACAACCCGCCUGUCUACCCGUCUACCUGCACGCCUGUCCACCCGCCUGAAUACCCGCCUGUCUACCCGUCUACCUGCACGCCUGUCUACCCGUCUACCUGCACGCCUGUCUACCCGCCUGAAUACCCGCCUGUCCACCCGCCGGCCGGCACGCUUGCCUACCCGCCAGCCGGACAACCUGACUCCCCACCUGUCUACCCGCCUGCUAACCCACCCGUCAACCCGCUUGUCUACCCGCCUUCCUACCCGCCUUCCUACCCGCCUGACUACCCGCCUGCUAACUCACCUGUCAACCCGCCUGCCUGCCCGCCUGCUUACCCGCCUGUAUACUCGCCUAUCUACCCACCUGCCUGCCCGCCUGCUAACUCACCUGUCAACCCGCCUGCCUGCCCGCCUGCUUACCCGCCUGCUGCUAACCCACCUGUCAACCCGCCUGUCUACCCGCCUUCCUACCCGCCUGACUACCCGCCUGCUAACCCACCUGUCAACCCGCCUGUCAACCCGCCUGUCUACCCGCAUUCCUACCCGCCUGACUACCCGCCUGCUAACCCACCUGUCAACCCGCCUGUCUACCCGCCUGACUUCCCGCUUCACUACCCGCCUGCUAACUCACCUGUCUACCCACCUGCCUGCCCGCCUGCUAACCCACCUGUCAACCCGCCUGUCUACCCGCCUGCCUGCCCGCCUGUCUACCCGCCGGCCGGACAACCUGACUCCACACCUGAAUAA